AUGCCCAAGCCGGUAACCAAGAAGCACCUGACUCCUCAGGAGAUCAUGGAGAUAUGUGCGUGCCUGAGGAACAUGAGGGGUCAGGGAACCCUGACAGAGAAGGAAACGCUUCUGGUUUUGCAUGUGUACAUGCAGUUGAAAUUGGCACACUUGGAGAACCGGAGGAAGUCCAAGGGCAAGCGCUCGAAUGGCCAGGUCGAUGAACGUGCUGCUAAGCAGUUGGGGGUUGGCCUCAGCACUGUGCGUCGGAAGUAUGCAAUGCUCAACAAGCUGUUGCAAGAGCACGGCAUAGAUGGCCUUAAGACACUUUCUGUUGAGAACCGCCGUGGGAAGGCGACACAGCUGCCGACACGUGUGCCCACGACAAAACGUGUGCUCAGGCAGGUUCGCGAUCACGUGCGCAUGCAGAGAGAAGGUGGACACCGCAUCACGGCCGUACAGGUGCUUGACUUCCUACGCAAGCACAGACAUGUGGACGUACGACCUUCGUUUGCUGGCGAUGGUGACGACGAACUGGACAGGGCGGCGGCUCUGCGGGCAGUGCAGCGGUUUCUUCGUCGUGCGGGCUACCUUCGCGGCAACAAGCACGUUGUUCAAGAGAACCCGAGGCACAAGCAGCUGCUGGCGAAGUAUCUGAAGGAGUUUGAUGCAAACAGGAGGUUGCCACCUGACGAGCGCCUCAGAGAGGUGUAUCUCGAUGAAUCAUACAUUGACAGGAACUACAACAGGAACAGAGACUCCCUGCACGAGCUGGAUCUUCGACCCUGGCAGCGCACUGCAGCGUGA